AAGUCAAAUGGAGCGAGUUGUUGAUAUCAUUCGAUCAUUUCUUGCUCUGAUAUCUGAGUGUGGUAGUUUUACUUAGAAAUGAAGGUCCUACUCGCACUCACCCUCUUAGGCUCCGCCUUGAGUGCCAGACUCGACACCUCUUACCUCCCCCCCUACCAAAGACCCGCAGGAAGCUACCAGUCCGACUCAUUCUCAGGAUUCACCGGCCAAGCUCCAGCAACAGGCUUCGCCACAGCAUACUCAGGUUCGUCAGCCUACUCAGGAUCCGGUCAACAGAUCCCUAUCCGCAGUUUGGACAACGUCAACGAAGGCGAUGGAACCUAUCGCUUCUCCUACGAAACCGGAAACGGUAUCAGCGCUCAGGAGCAAGGAGACGCCAGAGGGGAUGGAACAAGAGCUCAUGGAGGGUUCUCUUACUCAUCGCCCGAAGGACAGCAGAUACAACUCCAAUAUACAGCCGAUGAAAAUGGUUUCCACGCUUCUGGUGCCCAUCUCCCCACUCCUCCACCAAUUCCGGAAGCCAUCCAAAGGUCCAUCGAACAGAACUUGGCUGACGAAGCUCGCGGAAUAGUUGAUGAGGGUCAGUACAGAGAGACGCAGUACAGUGGUGGUUACAGUACCGGUUACACGGGAGGUUUCGCAGGAAACCAACCAGGAUUUUUUGCUGGAAGGACAACCCAGUUCACCGGGCACAGCGCUGGUCACAGUCAUCAGGGAGGAUACCGAUACUGAUUGAUGGAUUCGUUCUGAAAGGAAAUGGACUUGACGAUGUACUGAUAUUUUUCAUGAGUUAUUCUAAUAAAAGAAUUUUGUAAAGAG